UGCUUUGCCAUCUGCUGCUCCACAGCCUAAUUGGAACUAUGGUGCUCAGACUCUUUGUAUCAGUUGUUCUCUUCAUAUAUGAACUUCUGGACUCAUCGGACUCUGAAGGAAUCACAGCUCUGACUCUUCCAGAUACUGGCCCAUGGCUGUGCCAGCCAAUUCCCAGGUGUGGGGAUAGGAUCUACAACCCCUUGGAGCAGUGCUGCAAUGAUGACACCAUCCUGCCCCUGAACCGGACCCAGCUCUGUGGCUUCAACUGCAUCUACUGGCCUUGCUUUGAGCUCUGCUGUCCUGAGUCCUUUGGCCCCCGGAAGAACUUUAUUUUGAAGCUGAAAGUUCUGGGUGUGCACUCCCAGUGCCACUCAUCCCCCAUCUCCUGGAACUGUGGCAAAGAGAUGUUUUCCCAAAGAUAUAGAAGAAAUGCAACUUUCUCUAAGGCCACUCACCAGGAGAGACCGAGGCUCCAGCAUAGCCAUGUUUCUCCUGCCCAGGAUGUGAUGACCAUACAUGGUCCACUCCAAGGAGAGUGAUCUGUCUGAAAAGCGAAUAUAGGAGCUGAUCCAAGGAAGUCAAGGUCCACUGCAAUGUACUAAGAAGACUGAAGCCCUGCUGACGGAGACCACCCAGCUGCAUCCUCACUGCCUCUUUUCCCUCCUGUUUUGAGGAGCCAGCCCCUCUAUCUCCUUCCAGAGUACUUUGAAUAAACUUUAUUCCCCCUACCAA